AUGAGGCUUGAUUUAUCUGCCAAGCUUCGGCAAGUUCUUGGCCACGCCAAGGAUCAUGCAUCUAUUGGCAGAGCUAUUGCACAAAACUACAAUGAAAAGGGCUUUUUUGACAUUGAAGUGGCAGUGGUUCGAGCCACUAGCCAUGAUGAUUGUCCUGUCGAUGACAAAACCAUGCACGAGAUACUCUUCCUUGUCUCCAACACUCCCGGAGCGAUUCCUUUUCUUGCUGAACAGAUCUCACGCCGUUUAGCCAAGACAAGAGACUGCUUAGUCGCCGGUAAAACUCUGUUACUCAUUCACCGUCUCUUGCGCAGUAGCAGCCGCUGCAUCGAGCAGCAACUCCAUAUCGCACACACCUCUGGUCAUCUCCAAAUAGGUUGUUGCUGGUUCAUGAUGAGCCAGGACCAUCCAUCUUUUGCUUUUCUGCAGAACUAUGUAGGUUAUCUCCAAGAAAGAGUUGGAUGGAUCAUCAACCAAGCUGGUAAGCUCGAGCCUGUAAUGUCUGGUGGUACAAAGUUUAGCCGGUACAAAGAGAAAUCAAUGGAUCUCGUGUUCCACAUCUUACCAAAGUGCCAAGAGUUCAUUGCGAAGGUGUUGAAGUGUUCACCGGUUGAUGCAUGGCCUAUCGAUAACCUAGUCCAAGCAGCUACAGGCAACAUAUUGAAAGAAAGUUUCCAAGUCUACAUGACGUAUUCUGACGGUGUAGCCGCGCUGAGUAACAUGCUCUUCGAUCUUUCAAGACCCGCAAGAGAUUUAGCUUGCGGAAUGUUGAGAAAAGCUUCUCAACAGAUUCAAGAUCUCGAAGUCCUGUAUGAAAAGUGUAGAGGAUUCUCCGGGAUGAAGAGCUUGGAUUACCCAUCUUUGCAGGCCAUCAACAUGGAUCAUGUAGUAGCACUAGAGGAAUGCUCUAGCUAUAAUGCUCCUGCAGGUUCUGUGUUGAAGAGUAGUGGAAGCAGAAGAGGUUGCUCUGUCUCCACUAACCUAAGAGACUGUGCUAGUUUCUCAUCUAUCACUCCUUUCUCGUUUCCAGUGGAGACUAAAAUCAGCAUGGUAUGGGUUAUUUUUGACGAUGAAGAUGGUGAAACAUCAGACAAGUUAACAGAGAAAGCAUAUGAAUGUUGA